AUGUCGGAAGAAACAAUCGAGCUGUCGCCCUUUGGGACGAAGGUCGCCCGUGGAUAUGCGCUGGAGCUGAGAAACCAACAUGAGACAAGCGACAGGAAGGGCUUUGGCAACAGUGCCAGUGGUGGGGGUGGCACUUCGUCGAAUAAUACCAGUGGAAAGCAACGGAUGGAGUGGAUUUGCCCCCGGUUUGAUGAAUGGAGGUCCAGCGGCUUUGGUUUGGGGUAUGCUGCUAUCAAUGACAGGAACGAUGGCACUGGCCUUGUCGCUGGGCGAAAUGGCUUCCAUCUGUCCGCUCGCGGGAGCACAGUACCACUGGACCGCGCUGCUGGCGCCCCCGAGGAUCAGGGCAUUCAGCACUUGGAUGCAAGUAUCUGCUUCCUCGUGGCGACGCAAAUCCAGGGUCUCAUCGUCCUGAACCACCCGGAGUAUGAACCGCAACGAUGGCAUGGAACCUUGCUGAUGUGGGCGGUGAUGCUCUUCUCGUUGACCAUCAAUAUCUUUGCGGUUCGCAUCCUGCCUUUACUUCAACUCUUGGGUGGCCUUAUGCAUGUCGUAUUCUUUAUUGUCCUGAUCGUACCUCUGGUGCUAUUGUCGCCACGGAGUACGCCCGAAUUUGUUUUCACAGAGCUACUGAACCAAGGUGGAUGGAGUAGCGAUGGAGUCUCCUGGUGUCUGGGAAUGUUGACUGUCACAUAUUGCUUCACCGGAUUCGACGGCGCUAUCCACAUGAGCGAAGAGGUCCACAACCCGGCCACAGUGGUCCCUCGCAUUCUCAUCCAAACCAUUGUCAUCAACGGCACUCUAGCAUUUGGCUUCAUUCUGGUCAUGUUGUUCUGCAUCGGAGACAUCCACGCCAUCUUACACUCUCCAACCGGCUUCCCUAUUAUCGAAAUGUUUUACCAGGCCACCGGGUCCGUCCACGCAACAACAGCAAUGCAAUCCACCAUCACGCUCAUCGGCUUCGUCUCCAACAUCGCAGUCGUCGCAUCCGUUUCCCGCCUCACAUGGGCCUUUGCCCGCGACGGGGGCCUCCCAUAUUCCAGGUUUUUCGCCCACGUGGACCAGACAUACCACAUCCCCAUCCGCGCCAUCUGCCUCGUCUGCUGCACCGUUUUCGUGCUCUCCCUCGUCAACAUCGCCUCAACCACCGCCCUCAGCGCCAUCCUCGCGCUCACUACCAGCUCCCUUUUCAUUUCAUACAUCAUCCCCAUUGCCAUGAUGGCCCGGAAACGGAUCCGGAAGGAGCGGAUUGCGUUUGGCCCAUUCGCGCUGGGCCGGUGGGGUCUGGCCAUCAACAUCUACGCUAUCGUGUUUGGCAUCUUCAUAUGUACUUUUGUGUCGUUUCCGACGGAGAUUCCUGUGACGGCGACCAAUAUGAAUUACAGCGGCCCGGUAUUCCUGGGUGUGACCGUACUGUUGAUUUGUGAUUGGGCCGUAAGGGGGAGAGGGAGGUUUACAGGGCCAUUGAAGGAGUUGUUAACGCGGGGUGCUGAGAUGUAG